AUGGAAUUGUCCAAUACUAAUGGUGACCACGACUUAACAUUAAAGAACACAGAAUUAAUCAAAGAUAAUUAUAUUAAGCUUUUUAAUGAUGAAGUAUCUAACAUUUUAUUUGCACCAGCAUACUAUCAUGAUUUAAAAGAUUCUAAAAUACAUUUUAAAAGUAAAGUCAAAAAAUUUGAAGCCCAAUUAAACACUAAUUUCAACACCAAUAAGAAUCUUAUGGGGGGAAACACCUCAAUUGAGGAUAUAGGUAGUUCUUGGAAUGGCGUAGAAAAACAAGUUUUUUUUUAUUGUUUGUCACGGUAUUCAAUUCAUAAUUUAGAUCAAUGGGCAAAUGACAUACCAACAAAGAGUAAACUUGAAAUAUUGGCAUACUACAAUGUAUUAAAGUGUAAUUAUAAUGAGCUAAAAACAAAUGGUUAUAGAGGGCGGAGACUUUUAAUAAAAAGAAAUGAUUUACCCAUAGCCUAUGAAAUGGAUGAUUACUAUAUUAAAACAGAAGAGGAAAUCGCUAAUAAUAUUAACGCACAGGAUAAAGACGAUAAUGGUAGUUCUGCCUCUAGUGCCAGCAAUUUGAUUGAUUUUGGUUUGUGGAACAAAAAAUGGUAUUCUAUCUAUUCUAAGCAUAGAUUGUUCGAAUAUUAUCCGGUCCAAAAAUUUCCAUACCCUAUUGAUGGAAAAGCUAUAAAAUAUUUGGAAAAAUGCGUCAAAUUAUAUAUAAAAGAAUUAUUAUGGAACAUCAUACCCAAUAUAUAUAUUGAAAAUAGAAUAAUAGUAGUAAAUGAAAAUGAUGAAUUAGAAGAAAAAAGGAACAAUAAAGAAAAAUAUGUUGUUUUCAAAUAUGACAAAAAAAUGAAAAAGAGCAGACUUAAAAAGAGAAAAUUGGUUUCCGUUAAUGAUGGUGAUGAUACUGAUUAUGAUUACGAAGUUGGUGAACAGCAAUCAAGCAGCAUGGAUACCGUAAGCAAUAUUAGUAAAAAGGCCAAAACUAGUGAUGUAAAAAAUCAAUUAGAAAUAACGCAAACUGAUAUUUACCGUGGAAUAACUCUUUUCAAACAAGAAAAUAGACUUUGUAAGUUCCCAUUGACUGUAACUGAACAGAUUCCAAACACAAUUGAAAAAUUUCAAUUGAAAUUAUCAAAAGCGGGUAGCUCUUCAAAAGAACAACCAAUUACAAUGAAAGAUAUUUUUAAGAUUAAAAUCUUAAAGAAUGGACCACAAUAUCCCUCGAUUAUGAUGGAAAAUAUCAAUAAUAUGAUGGUUAUGGAUAGUCCUGCAAUAUCUGCACCAGAUUUUAUAGAUCCUUUAUCUGUAUCGAUGUAUUGUAUCGAGGAUGAAUUCAUAAUGGGAAAGAAAUUAAAAGAAGAUGAUAUAAAUAAAGUCUUGACAAGUGAAAAUGAUAUAGAUAAAGCUGAUAUUAUUAAAUCCAAAAUGUAUCAGCAUUAUAUAUUAAAUUUUCUAAAAAUCAAGCACAAAAGUGAUGAAGAGUUAGUAAAUCAUACAAACUGUAAGAUUAAGAUAGAUUGGUCAAAUGUGUUGUUAAAUGAUGAAGAGGGUAGAAUGAAUCAAGCUAUUGCUUUACAAAACAGUAAUCCAGUUACUGAUGAGGAUAUUAUCACAAAUAGUGAUUAUGAUAGCUCCGAGUUAAUAUCUAGAGAAAACAAUGCUUCACAUAGUGUUAGUUCUAAUAAGGAGAGAAGUAGUAGUGACAAUAGUAGUAUCAGUGAUGAUAUAAUAGCUGUUUCACAUGGCAUAAGCAAAAGUAAUAAUGAUAUUACAGUUAUAAAUGAAAAUGAUGAAGUUCCACAAUUAUUUAUUCAAGAUUAUUCUAUUCAUAAUAGUAGUAGUAGCAGCAUUGAAUAG